UAACCAGAUAAUUUAAAUGGAAAUUAUAUUAAAUAGUGAAAAGGGUUAAUUAAAACACAACAGUAUAACAAUAACUUUUUAAGUUAAUUUAUAAUGCCAAAAACUUAGUAACUGAUUAUGUACUCAAUGCUUGCAACAUUGUCAAUUGCCAUUUAUCUUUUGAGUUGUGGUGUCAGUAAGUCAGUACUUAGUAUUAGUAAUCAGUUGUCAAAUAAAAAUUGACAGCAUUAAAUAUGUAUUCGGAUUUAAAAGUGGAUUUUGGUCUUUUUUUAAUUUUAUAAAUAUUUUUUUAAAAUGAUUAUGGUUGGUUUUUGAUGAUACUAAAUGGAGCGAUUAAAAGUUGUUUGAUUUCGUUAUAUUGGUGGUAGUUAAUUUUAACGUUUAUGUUUCUUUGCUUAAAGAAAGAUUAUUUUUAAUGGUUUUAACAUCAUUGUAAAAAGAUCGAUAUGUCCGAUACGCUUAAAGACGAAGUAACGUCACCGACACGAAGUAAUUCCCUUAAAAUAUCUCUUCCCACAGUACUGUGCACAGAUGCUACAGAUAGUCCACAAUUACCUGAGACAAAUUCCUUUGUAACUUCAGAAUCUAAACUGUCUCUUGCAUCUAAUUUCGGUACACCAAUUUCACCGUUACGAUUAUCAUCACCGCUUUCUUUGCCGUCCUCGCCUACACCAUUUCCGAAGACACCGCUUCAAACACGCUGCAACAAAUCCUUAGAUGAACCCUCACAGCAAUCCUUAGAGAAAACUCAAUCAAGCAGUAUGAACACGCCAUUAAUCAACUCCGGAUCUGCUACGGGCAACCCACGUAACAAAUGUGCUCUUCAACCUGGCCACAGUCUCAUGGACUGGAUCCGACUGGGUAACUCUGGAAAAGACCUCACAGGAGUUGGAGGUCGCAUCCGACCAGUCACACCCGCCGAACUCGCUACACACAAUACUGAAAAAGACGCAUGGUUAGCGAUACGAGGACGCGUAUACAAUAUAACUUUCUAUCUACCUUAUCAUCCAGGAGGAUCUGAAGAACUUAUGAGAGGUGCUGGCAUCGACGCCACGGAACUUUUUGAUAAAGUACAUCCGUGGGUCAAUUACGACUCACUACUAGCAAAGUGCUUGGUAGGACCUCUACGUUUCGAUCGACCUGACGCUGACGAACUCUUUGACAUAUCAAAUCCAUCACCAAAAUCCGACCGACUCAGAGAACCGUCUAAAGCUCAGGAAUUAGUAAGGAAAUCGAUGGAAAACUUAGCAAAUUGUAUAACACCUGUUAGAAAAAAAAUUACUGCUAAAAGCGAGGAAAACGUCAAAGGGAGUCCUCCUAGUAAAAUAAUGCAGAGUUUAAUACAGUCGAGCGAUUUGCCUGUGUCGAUAAGCCGAAGAGCGGCGUCGAGCCCGCUGAAAUCUGCAGACAUGUCAAAAGACUCGCCGCCCUCAUUGCGCUUUGAUUGGAUCCAAACAUCGACAAAGCUAACUAUCUCUGUAUAUACUGGACUUUUAAGUAAUCCCGGAGGGUGUGCGAGGAUUUCAGAAGGUGCUUUGUUCAUAGAUGUAGCAAUUAAUGGGUGGCUAAGGACAUUAAAGUUUGUGCCCGAAGAAUCUAUAAGGGAACCUUUGCAGAUACGAGUGUUUUCUGAAAGCGGUAAAAUAGAGGUUACAGUAUUAAAGGUUAUAAACAAAGUGUGGAAGAAUAUAGGCGAGACAAUAUUCAGUUCAGCAACUCAUAUAUCCUCACCUCGUUCACUUGACUGUAGAGUGAUGCACGUGGAACGUGUCUCGCACGACACCACCCUGCUAGCAUUGGCACCUAAAUCUGGGCCUGUCGUAGUGCCUUUGGGUCACCAUGUGCGGGUACACCAUAAAAUGAAAGAUAAGGAAUGUAUCCGUUCUUACACGCCGGUGGGUGAUAGUUGGGACCAUUUCGGAAAUGAAUUCAGCGCUUUGAAAUUGGCAGUUAAAUGUUAUAAUACAGGCGCCCUCUCUCCUCAUCUAACAACAUUGAAAAUUGGAGACUCAGUUACACUCUCGGGACCUUAUGGGAAUUUUCAAUUACAAAAGCUAAAGAGAGUGAAAAUCUUAUAUUUAAUAGCGGCGGGAACGGGCAUCACGCCAAUGUUGGGGUUAUUAAGAUUUAUGCUAGCGAGAUCAAAUCCGAGAUGUGAACGGGUACACUUACUGUUCUUCAACAAGACGGAAGAGGAUAUUCUGUUUAAAGAAAAGUUCGAAGACAUAGCGAGGCAAGACGAGAGGUUGAAAAUUGCACAUGUUUUAUCAAACGCCAGCUGUACGUGGAAAGGACAUAAAGGCCGGAUAAGCAGUGAAGUUCUUUCGGAAAUACUGAACGAAAAAGCCCUCUCUACAGAAGAUGCGCCACAUUUCGCAUGUCUGUGUGGUCCUACGGAAUUCACUCACACAAGUCUAGACUUGCUAAAGAAACUUGGAAUGAAAGAGAAUGAUAUACAUGCUUUUAUAGGAUAAGUGUAAAUAAACGGACGUCGGAGGUGUGUGGCAUGUUAGAAUGUUUAUAUAAACGUGCAAAUAUUUCAAACCAAUAUUGUAAACAUUUGUCUAUCAAAACAAUUAUAAAUUCCAUAUGGAAACAGAAUUUGUUUCAGAAUAGUUUAACGGGCCGAUUGGCGUGGUUGGUAAAUACUUGCCUUUCAUGCCGAAGGUUGUGGGUUCGAUUCCCACCCAGGACAGACAUUUGUGUGCAUGUACAUGUCUGUUUGUCCUGAGCGUGGGUGUAAUUAUCUAUAUAAGUAUGUAUUUACAAAAGAAAAAUAGUAUAUGUUGUAUAUCAGUUGUCUGGUUUCCAUAGUACAAGCUCUGCUUAGUUUGGGAUCAGAUGGCCGCGUGUGAAUAAUGUCCCAGGAUAUUAUUAUUUGAUUUUGAUAUUAUUGUUAAUUUUAUCGAUUAUAAUUCACUAUACACGUAACAUUGAUAUUUAUGGUAUUUUUUUGUUGUUGCAAUUUAUUUUUUGAGUUAAUAAUUUUAAGGAAAACCGUGAUCUAUCCAAUCAUUUUUUACAUAACAAUUGUAUUGAAUAUUUUUAUAAUAUAAAUAAACGAUACCUCACAAACGAAAGCUGGAAUGGAUUUAAAUUAAACAAACAAUAUUUAAUAUCUAUAUUCUUAGUCAACUUAUAGUCCUAUGUAUUUAUAAAUUAUAUAAUAAAUAUAAGAAUACCCAAGUAAACGAUAAACAACAAUACAUUCAUGUACAAAAAUGAAGCAGAUUAAUAAUAAAUAAAAUUAUAAAUAUAUUGUAAAUUCGAAUUUUCAAACACUGCAGGAAGUGUAGGUCGGAUUACUUUUAUAGACUCUCAAUUCUACUUGUCACGCUGAGUACAAAGAAUAUACAUAUACCAUUAGUUCGUAGAACAUAUAAACAAUUAUUAUAAUUAAUAUAAGAGGAGAAAUUGUAUAAAACAUUUAAUUAUAUCGUCCCAUGAGUGAGACAUUGUUUUUAAUAUUAAUUUAUAACAUAAUAAAUAACACCAAGUCGAUACAAGUGAAUGAUUAUAUUUACUUAAUAAUUCUGUUUCAGUAACAUACAUACAUGUAUAUAAAUCUGAAUCAAUUUUUAACUAAUUAUUAAGGCAUUUGAAAUUAUUAUUGGUGUUAUUAAUUUGCAUUCAAAUAUUAUAAAUUUUCUUUAAAUUCUGAAAAUAAAAAUAUAAAUUUCAAAUAACUACACACGUACACGCAGAUAAAAAAGAUUUAGUUGCCAUUUUACGCCUAUUUAUUCAUUCCCUAUUUCAUUAUAUUUAAUUUUGUUUCAAUUUGGCAGAUACAUCACAAUAAAAUAAUUCAAAACAAAAAAAAAAUUAUAUGAAAUUCUGGUCAGUCCUUAAGUUUAUUUAAGUUACCACUAUACUGUAUUUUUGUUUUUAUAAUAAAAUAAAAAUAAUAAAAAUGUCCAAAACCUUUAGAAAAUAAAUGAAAGUGUGAUAAACUAGUUUUAUUAGAAAGGUUAUGUAUUUCGUUAAUGUUAGUUCUAGCAAUAAUGUCUUAUUAAAUGGUAUAUGUAUUUAGAAAAUGUUUUCAUAUAGGAGUUACUAUUUUAAUCCAUCCACAUUUCCAAAAAAUUUAAUAUAUCAUUAAUAUUGUUAUUAAAUUU